AUGAUUGUCUCUUGGAACAUCAGAGGGCUGAAUAAAGCGGGCAAAGUUAGGGAGAUCGGCUCUCGUCUCCAAAAACUUACCCAUGUUAUUUCUGUUUUAAUCGAGACAAGAGUUAAGGCUAAGAAUGCAAGGUGUAUUCGACGAAAACUGAGAUUAGAAGGUAACUAUAUAGACAACUACUCAAAUCAUGAUAAUGGCAGAAUAUGGAUCCAUUGGGAUGAGAAUAGAAGAAACAUGGCACUGGUGGAAAGCACAGAUCAAUUAAUUCAUUGUAAGGUUAAUGAUGUUAAUGGAAAUUUUCUGUUUUGGUUGACAGCCAUAUAUGCCCAUAACCAACUGCAGUGCAAGAAGGAAUUAUGGAAUGACAUUGAAAGAAUUAAUGCACAACAAAAUGGGCCUUGGAUCCUAGUAGGUGAUUAUAACAACGUGAUGAAAACUGAAGAUAGAAUUGGCGGUAAUGACGUUACAGAGCAAGAAUACAUAGACCUGACUGCGAUGAUGAGUAAAACAGGAUUAUAUGAAAAGGAUAGUGGGGGAGACUAUUUCACAUGGUCGAAUAAACAGGGAGAUAAUGCUAUUUACUCUAGAAUCGAUCAUGUCCUUUGCAAUGUGGAAUGGCUGCAGCAGAACGGAAAUACGAUGUUAACGAAUAUGAACCCCAGCAUAUCAGACCAUGCCAUGCUUGUGUUACAUGAAGAUAUUGAAGUACAGCGGCCGAAAAGAGAAUUUAGAUUUAUACAUUGCUGUGCAGAUUUGGAUGAUUUUCAGGAUGUUGUCAAGAACAGUUGGGACAUGCCGCUAGCAGGUAAACCAAUGUAUGUUGUUUGGAAGAAAUUACAAAGAUUACAAUCCCACAUCAGGAAAUUGAGCAGACCGUUGGCUGAGAUUCAUAAGGAAAUUGCACGAGCUCAGGAUGAUUUGAAUAAGGCGCAUGAUAGUUUAAUGAUAGAUAGACUAGAUGCAGACAAGAUUAAUGUGGUUAAAAGUUGUUCUGAGAAUCUUAUUAGGCUACAGGAACUGGAUGAUAGUAUGGUGCGGCAACGAGCUAAAAUUGACUGGCUGCGACUUAGUGACGGUAACAACAAGUAUUUUCAUGCCUCCGUAAAAAUGCGACAACAGAUUAAUAAAAUGACAAAAAUUCAAAGAAUGGAUGGAACCAUUGUUACAGAUCAGAAAGGUAUGGAAAAUGAAGUUAUCUCAUUCUACAGGAAGCUUAUGGGUACUAAACUGAAUCAUCUUGAAGGCAUUGAUACCGCAACUAUGAGAAAUGGAAGUCAAUUGGACGGUGCGCAGAGAGAUAUGCUGACAGAGCAUGUAGCCGAAGACGAAAUCACCACAACUCUAAAAGGCAUUGGUAAUGAUAAGGCACCUGGUACUGAUGGUUUUGGAGCAUAUUUUUACAAGAAAGCCUGGAAUAUCAUCAAACUGGAUGUUAUAGCAGCUGUGUAG